GGAACCGUUAUAUUUAGAAUUUUGAAAAGAACAGCUGAUUUUACUGCUAACAGUUCUGAAAACGUACCACAAUUUCAGAGUAAACCACUACCAUUACCAAAGAGAAGUAAGCUGUUUUUAGAACACAGCAUGCGAGAACGGGAGUCAGCUCUAGAGAUUCAUCAAAGCUUUCAAAAGGAUCUAUUGAAAUUGAGACUGGACGUAGCUAAGUCACUUUUACAGUAUAAAUCAAACGAAAAUGAAAUAGCAAAUUUUACGGGACAGCUAAAAUUAUCUGCCCAGGUUCGAGGUAUAGGAACUAAAUUUACUGUCAUAUUUACUCUUGAAAAUUUGGAAUCCAAUAAGCCUAUAAGUGGUAUUAGUAUGCUACUUCAUACAAAGCCUGACUAUUACAUUUGUUCAACAAACAGAAUACUGAUUCCGCUUUUGUUGCCUGUAUCUUCAUAUAAAGUAAGAGUUGGAAUCCAAGAAAUUAUCAAUGAAGGUCAAGUUCCUUCUAAAAUUGGAGAAAUGUGUGUUAUCCGAGUUUUUAUAAUGAAUGAAAAUAAAACCCAAACUCAACCGUUGUUAACCGCAACUGUUGCUAUACCUUAUACUGACAGCGCACUUGUGUGAAGACAACAAUACGACACUAACACCA